AAAGAGCUGAGAUAAAUUAGAAAUUGGAUACGGAAUGAAAGGAAGAGGAAAGAAAUGAGAUGAAACAGGUACCGAACACCGAGCGAAAACCAUCAAUAAAAGAAAGAGGAAGGAAAGGGGGUAUUUGUACUUGCAUGACAACUGAAAUGGAGAUGUAUAGUUUCACAACUGUAUAUUAAAGGAACUUUGAAUUGAAACAACUAUUGGAAAACAAGAAAAUGAAGGCAUAAUAAUUUCACUACACAUAGUCCAUACACCUAAUAUCCAACAAUGUUACAACAUUUCAUGGGAACUCAAUUCAAAAUUUCUCUUCUUUUCUUGUUCUUUUACUCAGCUUUAUCUAAGCAAAUCCAACUAAAUUCCACUUUGGAACACAAAGCUUUACUUGAUCUUAGAUCAUCUUUGGGUAUCAAAGCAAAAUACUGGCCAAGAAAGUCUGAUCCUUGUACAAAUUGGACUGGAAUUCAAUGCAACAAUGGCAAAGUUGUAGCUAUAAAGUUAACAGGACUAAGAAGAAGUCACCAAGGGAGUUUUUCUCCACAGUUUUCUGUUGAUUCUUUAGCCAAUUUUACUCACUUGACAUCAUUCAACUCAUCAAGUUUCAUUCUUCCAGGGCCAAUUCCUGAUUGGUUUGGCCAAAAGUUAACUAACCUUAAACAACUUGAUCUUAGUUCAAGUUCAAUUCUUGGUUCACUUCCAACAUCACUUGGGAGUUUGAGUAAUCUUGAGUUUCUAUCUUUGUUUAACAAUUCAAUCACAGGUAUUGUUCCUAUACAACUUGGGAAUUUGAGUUCUUUAAGCGUUCUUGAUCUUUCUUGGAAUUCACUAACAGGUUCAAUUCCAAGUUCUUUAUCAGAUAUUGUGAAUCUGUCAGUUCUUGAUUUGUCUUCAAAUUCUUUGUCUGGACCAAUUCCUGUUGAAUUUGGUUCAUUUCUUGGACUUAAGUUCCUUAACUUGUCAAAUAACAGUUUGAGUUCUUAUAUUCCUGCUCAAAUUGGUAAUCUUACUCAGUUGGUUGAACUUGACCUUGGGUAUAAUUACUUGUCAGGGUCAUUGCCUGAGGGUUUAUCAAGAUUGAGAAAUUUGAGUAAAUUGUUAGUUGGAAACAAUGAGCUAGAGGGUGCAUUGCCUAGUACUUUGUUUUCUUCAAAUUUUUCUGCAUUGGAGUAUGUAAGUCUCAGUUGGAAUCGAUUCGAAGGCGAAAUUCCUGAUGUAUUGUGGUCAUUGUCUGAUUUGAGGAUUCUUGAUAUUUCAGGGAACAAUUUCACUGGUGUGGUUCCUAGUUUUACCUAUUUUAGUGCUACCGGUGCUUUAUAUAACCUUUCAAAUAAUCUUUUCUAUGGAAAUGUAACGUUUGAUAUUCGGAGUUUUCAGUCGAUUGAUCUGUCUAACAACUAUUUUCAAGGACUAGCACCUGAUAAAUCUGGUGUCCGAGUUACGGAGAAUUGCUUUACAAGGUCAUUGAAUCAGAGGAGUUUAGAAGAUUGUAGUAGAUUUUAUGAUGAUAGGGGUCUAGUUUUCUUCAAUGACAGAAGCCAAAUUCCAGUACAAAGACACUCGAAGAAAGGGCAUAAACAUUUGCUUAUAAUGGUUGGCGUUUUUGGUGGAGUUGGUGUUCUUUUGCUUUUGGCAUUAGUCAUUUUAUUGUUUUGGAAGAUGUGCUAUAGAGGUAAUUCAAACCAAAGAGGCAUAUCGAACGUUAGUCCUGUUGUGGAAGGAGGCAAUAAUCAGGAACCACCAGUAAAGUUCCCUAGUGAUAUAUCUGGUUCGAUCGAAUCAUUUACUUAUGAUCAGAUACUACAAGCCACAAGCAACUUCAAUGAAUUAAACCUUAUCAAGAAUGGUCACACAGGAGAUAUUUUUCGAGGAAUAUUAGAAGGCGGUGCCACCGUAGUUAUCAAGAAAGUUAAUGUUGAGAAAGAAACAUACAAGUUGGAGUUGGAUUUGUUAAACUGGACAACACACCAUAGGCUUGUCCCUUUUUUGGGACAUUGCUUAGAGCAUGAGAAUGAGAAAUUCUUGGUCUAUAAAUAUAUGCCAAAUGGAGAUUUAUUCAAUAUGUUGUCCCGGGAUACGGAUUUAGAAGACGAAAAUGGACAGUCUUUGGAUUGGAUAACAAGAUUAAAAAUUGCAACAGGUGCUGCAGAAGGUUUAGUUUAUUUGCAUCAUGAGUGUAAUCCUCCCCUUGUUCAUAGAGAUGUUCAAGCUAGCAGUAUCCUUCUCGACGAUAAAUUUGAAGUACGACUGGGAAGUUUGAGCUACGUUUGUGCACAGGAAGGUGAAAAUCAGAAUUUGAUGACAAAGUUUUUCCGCACACCAAAGAAUCCUGAGGGAGACCUUACUGGAUCUUCUUCAUUUCCAAGUUGCAAUUAUGAUGUAUACUGUUUCGGGAGGGUUUUACUCGAGCUUGUAACUGGUAAUGUCGGCGUAAGCCACUCAGAUGAUGAUGCCUCAACCAAGGAGUGGUUGGACAAACUUCUUCCUUUCAUCACUAUAUGCGAGAAAGAACUAGUGGCCAAGAUUGUCGAUCCAUCUCUAAUUAUAGACGAUGACUUAUUGGAAGAGAUAUGGGCCGUAGCAAUAGUAGCCAAAGCAUGUCUUAAUCCGAGGCCUUCUAGACGUCCUGAAAUGAGACGCGUCCUAAAAGCGCUAGAGAACCCUUUCAAGGUUGUUAGGGAGGGAAGUUUCAACUCUAGAAGGCUACGAAAUACUUCAUCGAGGCGAUCCUGGGGUGCUGCUUUUCUUGGUAGUUGGCAUCACAGCUCACAAGAUAGUACUAAUGCUUGUGGCCAAACAAGCAAAGAGGCAGUCAUGAGCCUCAAACAGUCAGGAAGAGUGGGAUCUCAUUCUCAUAGCAGUGGGAAUGAUCAUUCAUCAUCGAAUAAGAGAUCGUCUAGUGAGAUUUUCCCCGAACCUCAGGACACACUAGAUAUAGAGAGACAAGACACGAGCUAGCCGUCCUGAGCUGUGUUGCUCGGACUCUUCAAAAAUGUCGAUGGAUGCGUGUCGGAUCCUCCAAAAAUAGCGUAUUUCUGAAGGAUCCAACACGGGUGCGGCAACAUUUUUGGAGAGUCCGAGCAACUUAUGUCCUGAGAGUUCUAAAGGUACCUCAUCAUUUGCAUUUAACCUAUGCCAAAUGCAUUUCUGCAGGCCAUGGUUUUGUAAGUAUCAGGGGCUUUGAUUUUUUAUUAGAUGAGUGAUCGUACUAUGAUCGUUCUGGAGACAUGGGCCCCCACGCUACACACAAUUAAUGUGGUUGGUAAAAUCUUUCCCUUCUGCGACCGCCUAUCAAAUUGGAUCGGUAUUUUUGAAUAUGUUGUUACAUCAUGUUGUUCUUUUUUUCAUGAAGGGGAAAUGGGGGAAGGAUUACUAGGUCGGAAAUUGAACCCUCACCAACAAGCUGAAAGUUCAAGUAGUCAACCAACUGAGCUACUAAGAUUCCGCUUUGUUACAUCAUGUACAUGUAUUCUGUUUACCUCUUCUUUUUGUGUGUUACAAACGUGCUUUGUAAAUUUUCAAAAGUUUCCUAUGUUCCUUGAUUGUAUGCAAAAGAGAGAUAUGCUGAUAGAACAAGCAUAUAACUGUGUCAAGAGUGUACAUUAUCUAUUACAGAUUCACAUUUUCAAUGUCCAA